CGGGUGGAGCCUGGCGGCCCCGCCCGAGCCACCCGCCCGCUCCGCCGCGUGCGAAGUAGUGGCAGCCGGUGCGGCUCGGCCGCCGCCCGCUCCCGGCGCCUCAGCGCGGCACGCGUGCCCCGGCCCCCGGCGCCAGGUUGUCUUCUGAAUUUUGUGUCUGAAGGUACCCUCUUGCUUUCUCAGCAAAUCAUGGACAUCGUUGGCUUUCUGAAGUCGCAAUUCAUUUGCCACCUUCUGAUCUGCUACAUAUUUAUAGUGUCAGGACUGAUCAUUAACUUCAUUCAACUCUUUACACUUAUACUUUGGCCAAUCAACAAGCAACUGUUCAGGAAGAUCAACUGCAGGCUGGCUUACUGCAUUUCAAGCCAGAUGGUGAUGUUGCUGGAAUGGUGGUCAGGCACCGACUGCACCCUUUACACUGACCCAGAGGAUUACCACAAGUAUGGGAAGGAGAAUGCCAUCGUAAUCCUUAAUCACAACUUUGAAAUUGACUUUCUCUGUGGUUGGAACUUUUGUGAGAGAUUUGGGGUCUUGGGGAGUUCCAAAGUGCUUGCAAAGAAGGAGCUCUCCUACAUGCCCAUCAUUGGCUGGAUGUGGUAUUUCCUAGAGAUUGUCUUCUGCAAGCGCAAGUGGGAGGAGGAUCGGAAAACAGUUGUACAGAAGUUGCUCAAUCUCAGGGACUAUCCUGAAAACUUUUGGUUCCUGAUUCAUUGUGAGGGCACAAGGUUCACAGAGCAGAAGCACCAGAUCAGUAUGCAGGUGGCUGAAGCCAAAGGUCUGCCCAAGCUCAAGUACCACCUCCUGCCACGAACAAAAGGAUUUGCUGUCACCGUGCAGUGUUUGAGAAAUGUAGUUUCUGCAGUCUAUGAUUCUACCCUUAAUUUUAGAAAUAAUGAAAAUCCAACAUUGCUGGGAGUUCUAAAUGGAAAGAAAUAUCAUGCAGAUUUAUAUGUAAGGAGGAUUCCACUAGAGGAUGUCCCAGAAGAUGAGCAGGAAUGUUCUACCUGGCUCCACAAAUUAUAUCAAGAAAAGGAUGCAUUCCAGGAAGAGUAUUACCGCACAGGAACCUACCCAGCAGUCCCUACAGUUCCACCCCGUCGACCAUGGACACUUUUGAACUGGCUUUUCUGGGCCUUAUUACUGCUAUAUCCUUUGUUCAAGCUACUCAUCAACAUGAUCAACAGUGGAUCAUCACUGACACUGGCUAGUUUUGCAUUUGUCAUUAUAAUAGCUUCUGUUGGUGUCAGAUGGAUGAUCGGAGUUACAGAAAUUAACAAGGGCUCCACCUAUGGCAACAAUGACAGCAAGCAACAAAAAGGCAACAAGAAACAAAAGUAGCACCUUCAGAGACUGCUUCAAUCCAAAGGGAACAGAUGCAACUGCUGAAAACUCUUAAGUGCAUAUCACAGUCUUUCAAGUGAGAUCAGAGGAUGAGUAAUUGCCGUGCAUAUCUGAAUUUGUGCUCCUGUUGUUUUCUCUGGGAUUUGGGCUGGAUGACAUGCUGGAAAGAUGCACUCCUUCAUAUACUCUCAACAACAGGUAUGCACAUGAGUGGUUGGUUUGUUUUCCUAAGAAGUGUCUUAAGUUUUGAAGAAAAAAAAAUUCCAGUGUGUUUGUAUGAAGAGACUCUACCUGGAAACUAACCAGAGGUGCAGGCUUUAAUGUCAGAAGAUUGUUACAAGAUGAUUAAACUUGAUAGUUGUGUAGAUCACACAGUUUAACAACCAUAAUCUGUCAGUGUUUAAAUACAGCACAGCAGGAUGCUGUGCUUGGUUAUAGCAGUAUUGGACUGAAGCAGCUCUGCUGAACUGGCAGAACUGCAGUAGAGUUUUUGUACAUCUAGGACUUAUUCCCACAGUGUGCACUACAUGGGCCCUUCAAAACUUCAGCCAGACCCCCCCUGGACAUCCAGACAUCGGAGCCUGGCAGUAGCAUCACCUGGAUCAGAAUUUGGCCUUGUGGCCUGAGCAGAGCUAAGUUACCCACUGCCCUCUCUUUCCUCAGGCCAUACAUCUGAGGGAUAGCUCAAACCUGCAAUUCUUCAGAGUAAAUGUCAUUUUUAGUUUGGAAAAACUGAGUUAGUGAAAUUCUUUUUGGCUCUAAAUGCUACUUAAAAUUCCAUGCCAUCCUAACAGUUGUGGAAAGAAAAUAACUGGGCAUGGUGUAGUGAAAUAAUGCAAAGUGUGCCCCACACCCAUACUGUUGUGAUCCUAAUUAAUCUGCUUGUCUGUCUUUUCUGAUAAAUUACUUUAUUUGGUGCCUCAUAACGGUCAGCCUGAAGUAAUAGUAAAUAAAUUAUUUCCUUCUGGGGAGGAGGGGGAACUAGAAGAGAGACCUGGGACAGUGGGUAUGGCUGAUUUUUUAUGUCUGUCUUGAUUUUACAUCCUUCUGAAUUAAAUAAAGCUAGAGUCAAGCUCUGAGGAAAGUGGGUUGCUCUGAUAUCCUUGCUACUGAUUUCAGGGCAGCCGCUUCCUGUUUUUAAACUUCCAGAGUUAAGGAUCUGCAGGUUACUAGAAAUAACUUGUUUAAUGCAGGGAAAAAAGGAAACGAGGGUUCCUUAACUAACAGCAAAUAUGACUGGAAAAAAUUCCCAGUUUUUUAAAGUACAGAUCCUGACACUGAGCAGUGGAGGUUGACUGACACUUUCAAAGACAGUCCGUUUUCACUCGCACAGGGCUAAACCAUGACAGUCUCUAGUGAAGAAAGUGAGAAGUCUUACUCUAGCAGCUGGUAUAAAAACAUUGCUCUUUUCAUAUGAUAAAACUGAGGCCAGAAGAAACAGGCUAAUACAACACUGAAUCAUUCCAUGAAAUACGUAUUUGCUAUUCAGUACAUCAGAAAAUCGAGAAACUCACCUUUUUAAUAUGCAGCAUCAAAAAGCAGGUGAAGUAGUGCUUUUAGCAUGGAGCAAUAAGUGAAGUUCAGGGAUAGUGGAGGCAGUAGAAUUUACAACAUGAAGGAAGGAAUAAGCCAUGUGAAGUGUGAGAGACUGCUUUGGGGGGGUUUUUUGCCUCACACAUCUUAUGUACACAUACAUUCCCUAUGCUUUCAGGAAGCUUUCAGGAAUAGGUCAUGCAGUGUCCUGAACACAGGGGGUUCAUGGUCUCAGAUACAGUUUUUAUAGCCCAAGAGUAGAAAAUAUUUACAAAGUUAUUUAAUAAAGCACAUGCCCUGAACUCGAUUUGCUGUAACACUCUUAACAGUGCAAAACUGAGCAUUGCAUCCUGUAGUAAUGAUCAGGCACAUCAACAGGCCAGACCUGAAGACACUGUACACAAGAGCUGGAAAAUGGGUGUGAGGGGAGAAAGGCUCUCCAGGGUAGCAUUUUACUGUAAACAUUACCUGGCAGACACAGUAGCCUUUACUUGAGCAGCAAAAACAUACUCCUGGAGUGACAGAGGCUGUUCUGCCUUCUGAGAGCCACAGAUUUAACAUGGAGUAAUAAAGACAUUUGGCAUUCCUUAUGAAUCUUAGUCCUUUCCCCUCCAACUGUGUGCAGUGCCCUUCUCCCAGAGGAAAGCACCAAACAAGUAAAUACUUCUGAAAGAGUGCAGAGAUGAUUUCAUACCCAUUUCCCUGGGACCAAUUCCUAGAACAGGCUGAGGACCAAACAGGCCAGUCCUGGACCCAUCCUCCUAAGCACUCGUGCAAGUCCUGGCACACCACUGAGACCCUUCCAGCACUCACUGACAAACAGAGAAAGUUUAAUGGUCCUUGCCAAAGUUAAACUUGUCCAGUUCACUGUAUUAAAAGAACUAAAAGUGUUUGCCCCUCAUCCCCACAAGCAAUUGUAUGUUCUACAACUGCCUUAAUAAAAUUAGUCUUUAAUGUUUGUUUAUACAAAAAUAAAAGUAUAAAAAGCUAA